AUGGCACGAACAGCCCCAACCGCACGGAAGAGCACCACCCAAGCUCAGCCGCAAGGCGACGCUGGACGCCAGUCCACUCCCUUCAGAUACGAAGAAUUCCUUGUUCCCGACCUGCGAGAUUUCCUGGCAGCUCGCAACUUGAAGCUUCCGAAGGGCCAGCGUGGUCUGAAGCGAGAACUGAUUGCUCGACUCCGCCAGGCCGAUGAUGAAUGGCAGUUUCGCUUCCUGGACCUGCGCUUGAGCUCAGGACGUUCCAGUCUCGGUGAGGACCCCUUGGAGGACGCCACACAAGAUUUCCCGAUCUACUGGCCAGCCAUUCUGCGAGUAUCGAAAGAAGUCAACGCAGAGGCGGAGGAUGUGCUGUACGGCAUGAACACUUUUCGACUCAAUUUAGCCCAACAGUACGAACGCGAUGAUGAGGUGUCAGACAGCAUCAACGUAGCCGUGGAAACUGCCUACUCAUCGUCCGCAAACGCUGCUUCUCUGCGGGAGAUGGACGAUACAGCACUGCCAGAUCUGCUGCUGAAGGCGAGAAAGUUGUCGAUCGAGCUCUCGAUGUCGGUAGUCGCGCCAGCCGCUGCGCCCUACGAAGAUGGAGAGGUCACUUUCAAAGAUGUGCACCGCCAGUUCUACCGCAUCUGCUCUUUCCUGGCCGAGUCCAAAUCUCCGAGGCAUGUCAACAUCAGCAUCGAUGCUACUGAAUACCCAGACAUCGACAUCAUGGCGGCGAAGAUUCUCUGGCCGCUCGUCAAGAUCCCUGCAACAACCAACAAUACCAUUACCAUGACCGGCCUCCCAGAAGAGACUUCUGCGAGCUUGCUCGCCGAGAUGCGUCAGGACAACUCGGGCGAUCGUAUGGGUCCAGCGUUAAAGCUCUUCAGGCGUGUAGUCGUGCUCCAGGAGGCAAUUCGUCACGUGCGUCCCUUCAACAACAACGCAAUACGCCCAUUGUAUUAUGGCCAACUCGAAUCACAGCUGCGCGACAUGUGGGAGGACAGCGGCUACGUCAACCAAUUUGUGGACGGCUGGCUCGUUCAUCUUUGUGCGAUGUCGCAGCAUUUGGUGGAAGAUGAGAUGGUGGAGGCGGUGAAGGAUGAGUUGAACAACCAAAAAGCUCGUGCCGAUGUACUAUUGGCCAAGCUGGAUGGGCUUCCGGCCUGGGACGAACGGAGACCGCACCGUCGCUUCGUGAGUGAAGGAAUUCCACAGGCAGAGGCUGGGCGUCUUGGUGCGCAGGCGUGUGCAGAGGUAGGCUUGAAGUCAUGCUUGAGGCUUGUGCGGAUAUCGUAG